ACAAAAUUAUAAUUCAAAAUUUAUGUAUAGAGUGCCUGACGGAUUACGAGAAUUGUGCAAAGAUAUUUCUCACAAGGUUUUGCGCAGUCAGCCAACAAAUAUUUAUCAUUUUAUCGCUGAUUAUGUUGACGUACUUUUAAUUACACGAGACAAUACGAAAGUGGCAAUUAAUGUUGUAAAUAAUAUUGUGGAGAGCAGUGAAUUUAUUAUUAAUACUCUUGACUCUAUGGGAUUGGACUUGAAACAAAUUGCUAGAGUAGCACCGAAAUUACAACAAGCGUUUCGUGAUUAUUUGGACACCAAUCAUAAAUCAUGUAAAAUUAAAAUACCUUUUAAUUUUAUUUGCUGUGUAUUUCAAUGUUGUUAUUAGAUAUGUUAUUAUCUGUAUCAAGUAGUAUUAAUAUUCAUUGUAUGUUAAUCCAGAUGAUGAGUGCGGAAUUACUAUGAAAAAAAUUAUUGAUAAUGCUAGUAUUGAAUCGGAUCAAGCUCAAAAAGCAGCUACCACUAUUCAAGUAAUGUUAUAUAUUUAAUAUUUAUUUUAUAAGAUGUAAUAAUUAUUUUAUAACAAGAGAUAGA